UUGCUCUUGCUGGAUUUUAAGACUGUCUUAAAACAAAAGGCAGGCAGGCAGGCAGGAAGCAUGGCAGACAGCAUGGCACACGAGGGGGGCUCUCCCGUGAAAGAGAGGCAGCGCAAACCCAAAUUCACCCCGGAUCAGAUCCAGCUGCUCAGACAGGAAGUGCUGGCCCAUGCCUCCAAGCUGUAUGGGAAAAACAUCAGCCCAGUCCCAGAGAGGAAGAUGGUCUGGCAGGAGAUCACCAGACACAUCAACGAGCACAGCAAGACCGAGAGGAGCGUGAUUGAGGUGCAGAAGAGGUGGCAGGACGAGAGGAGGGGAAUCAAGAAGAGGGCGCAGGACCUCUGGAGGGUCCUUCUGGAGACAGGCCAGUCCCUGGGGGGCCUGACUCCGCAGGAAGAGGCCAUCCUGGGCACUCUGGAUGAGGCUGCCCUGGGGGACUUGGGAGGACCUGGCCUGUCCCACAGUGCACUGCAGGAGCAGGCUGCUCCAGAAGACUAUGUGCGUGUGCAACUGGCCAAAGUGAAACGAGAACCCAGUGAAUCAGGGGCAUCCACUCCCAGCAGGAGUGCGGGGGACUGGAAAUGUGAAUGGAGCAGCGAGGAGAACCCCCCAGAGCUGCUCUCCAGAUACCCAGAGCUCAACAGAGACCCCCCAGAGCUGCUCUCCAGACACCUGGAGCUCAACGGAGACCUUCCAGAACUACCCUCUAGAUACGCGGAGCUCAACAGAGACCCCCCAGAGCUGCCCUCUAGAUACCCAGAGCUCAACAGAGACCCCCCAGAGCUGCUUUCCACAUACCCGGAGCUCAAUAGAGACCUUCCAGAGCUGCUCUCCAGACACCUGGGCAUGCCCGGGAAGACAGCGCUGAAGCCUGAGCCACCAUCCAGGAUCCAUCCAGAGGCAGAAGAAGCCACAGCCAGCUGGGGGAACAGUCCACUCCUGAGAGCCACCCAGCUGGCUCACAGCACUGGCAGCGUGCAGAGGAGGUGGAGCAGGAGGAGGCACAGAGCUGUCGUCCAGCACAGCAUCGCCACAUCCCUCAGGAGAGUGGCAACCAACUCAGAGUCUAUAAGAAGGGAACUGCGCUCCCUUUCUGCCAGUGUGGGGGCCUUUAGCAGACAGAUUGCAUCCCUGGCCGGUGCUGUAGCCUCUGUGGGCUCUACCAUUGCCUCUGCACUACAGAACAUACAGGUCAUCCAUGCAGGUCCCUCCUCCCAGGGGCAGGGUUUAUCCCCUGGCCAAUCAGGCAGCUCAGAUCCCUGCCACGCCUCCCAGAACAGUCCUCGCAGUCGUGAUGCAGCCAACACACCAUGACAUCACAGCUAGGGUUAUCAUUCGAUUCCUUAGGGACCAGGGGUCUGGUUUUAUAAAGCUUGGAAGCUGUUGUUUAAAGUCUCCUGGACAGAAGGUUGAAAGCAGUUGAAAGUAAUGUUUUGCAUGAUUUUGAUCAGUUGUUACCUCCAGGACUAGGUUCAGAAGUUCAGAAGGUCUUCUAUCUAAACUCAAUGGCUGCUGUAUGAGUGAAACAGAAACUCAUUUAGAACAGAUUUACUUUAUUCAGUGGAAAAGGCAUGGUUUGAAAAGUUUGUCACUGGUGCGUUUGUUUUUUGUUCUAAAGAUGCAUUUUUGUUUUGUACUUUCUGUGAUUGAAACUUUUCUUAAAUGUUAGGAUUUAUUAAACAGUAUAUAUAUUAAACAUUUUUUUUACAUUUUUGUUUUAGAAACAUUUUGUUCUCCUGCCACCUACACUAACACACAAACCGCGUGGUGAUAAAGACGAGCGCAGAGUAAAGCAAAGGCUGCCUUUUCAAACCCCGGGAGCUGCAUGCUCUUCCUGUCCUUGCCCUUUCUGAUGAGCUGGAGGUCCACCUGUCACCCGUCCUCUGCCGGGCUGCAGCUGAUCAGGGCACAAUGAAAAGGUUGCCUUUCACUGCAAUGCGAUGGUCCCAUUCCUGGAAGUACCUGCAUUGGAGAGUGAUGCAUCUGUGACUCACGGUGCUGUGCUGGUUUGCAGGGGGAUCAUGUCAGACACCACAGUUCCAGUCCCUGGGCUCCUGAGACGUACGAAAGCUUAAUCAUCUAUUAAUGUGCUUCAGCCUCUAUUAACCCCACGGUCUUCCAAAGGAAUGACUGCUUGUGAAAGCUGGAGCAUCCCGUAAUUAUGCCACAUUAUUUUGCAAUUAAAUACUCAUUUACUCCUUACAUUCAUCUAUAAUUAAUGCCAUUGCGUACAGGAAAACACA